CUCCUUCCUCCAAUUCCUUAAACCCUGUUCUAAAAUUACACCACUUUCAGAAAAACACACUCACACAUAUACAUAUAUAUAUAUAUACAUCAUUCAUUUUGAUCAUCACAAUUCACAACCCUUAUGCCCUGAAACUGAACCGAGCAAGAUAAGCUAAGCUAAGUUAAGCUAAGCUGAACCCAGUUUGAUCCAUCCAUCCAUGGCUACUCGAUUUCUCUUUCUCUUUCUCCUAUCUCUAAUCAAUCGUAUCUGGGUUUCGGCCGCGGAAACAUUAUCUGUCUACGAUGUCCUCCGAUCCCACGGACUGCCAAUGGGAUUACUACCAAAGGGUGUGAAGAAUUUCAGUUUAGACGAUGCAGGAAGAUUCGUGGUACACUUAGACCAAGAGUGUAGUGCGAAAUUCGAGAACGAAAUGCACUACGAUCGCAACAUUUCCGGCACAUUAAGCUUCGGCCAGAUCGUUGGUCUUUCUGGGAUCUCUGCCCAAGAUUUGUUCCUCUGGUUUCCUGUCAAGGGAAUUCGAGUCGACAUCCCCAGUUCUGGGUUGAUUUACUUCGACGUCGGAGUGGUUUUCAAGCAAUUCUCUCUAUCGUUGUUCGAAACUCCCCGGGAUUGCACCGCCGCUGUUUUAGUACCCGAUUAUCUCCAGCUGGGGGGGAGCCGCCAAUCCAUCUCAAAGGUGAUUCUAUUGCAGGGUUCGUUUGGAAAACACCAUAGCAGAAAGGCAUUUUGGUAGUAGAAUCAUAUGAUUCAUAUCAUUCAUUCAUUAGUAAGCAAUGAAUUCAGAGAGAAUUGGUUACAGAUCGAAAAAGGACAGACAGAUUUUUCCCUUCACUCUGUAUACGUGUGUUGGAGAGUCUACAAAAUUUUCAGUGUGUGUUUGUUUUUGAUUAUUUUUGUUGUAUGUUGAAUUAUUCAUCAUUGGGUUUGGGAUUGGGUAUAGGGAUUCGAUAGAGAAAUAUUGUUGGUAAAGUACUAGUGUAGGAUAAGAAGAAGAAG